AUGGAGUUAAAGAAUUUACUUGUAAAAUUUUUAAUUAUUUCUUUAAUAUCAGCGGUUCCACAAGCGCAGUUAACUAAUGCGAUCUUAAAUGUUGUUGAUAACAGCAUAAAGUGGGAUAAAUUGACAAGUCGUUUGGGGCAAAUGAUGAUGCAUAGUGACGUGGCUGCAAAAAAGAAAGCUAUUAAUGUCCUAAUAUUUUCGAUGGUUGACCAACAAGGCUCUUUAGAGUUCAAUGGAAUGCUGCAAUCGCUAGCAAAGCAUCAACCAGAAGCAUUCAGUUAUUCCUUAAAGGAAUUCAAGGUUUCAAAAGUAGAAGUAAGAUUUGAAUUUUCAAUCCUUUUGAUGGACAGCAGCAUCUUGAACUAUGACUCAUUCAUACGGCAAAACUUCAUUCUUAUUUUUCCUGAUUUGUCAACAAAAUUCUUUGUUAUCAUGACACGAUCAUUAGACAUUCGUAAAGUUUUUAAUGUAUGGAAUGUUUUGAGUAGAAAUGGAUACUAUAAUGUCUACAUAGUGCUUCACAGUAAUACUGUUUUUAAAAUGUUUCGAACAUAUCUGGAAGAUGAUCAUUUUCAAAUGAUAGAAACAAACGACACAAAGUUUUUAACUGUGAAAGAAAUGUCAGAAGAUUCAUGGAUGCUACAUAUUAAUAUUAUUUAUUAUAAUUCAUACCCGAUGUCUUACAUAGAAAAUGGCGAUAUAAUUGGUUCAGAUGGGAAAUUGAUGCAUGAAUUCAGUAAGAGGGUUAAGAUCCCAUUUAGAAUCAUUAAUAGAAAUAUGGAAAAACUCUUAUUGAAUGAAAUUAUUCAAUAUUUGACAACUGUCGCUGAUAUAUGCUUGUAUGCUAAUCUAAACUUAAAAGGUGAUAAUGUAUAUAAUGUUUGGUUAAAUGAGAUGGACGGACUGUGCGUACUUACACCUAGAAAUAUUCCUAUAUCUUCAUAUGACAAUCUUGCUUUGCCACUUGAUUCGAUGUCUCUUGUGAUGUCAUUUGUGUCUACUGUAUCAGUCAUAGUAUCAUGGAAGUUGAUUUCAAUCUACACAGCGAAUGGAAGGUCAUUACAAUCCAUCAUUGUAGCAAUUCUUGAGAUUAUAUUUAACACCGGAGCUUCAGGAAUAGAACAAAUUACCAAAAAGGAAGUUAUUCUUCUAUAUUCCUUCAUAUUCAGCUCAAUCAUUCUGGAUUCAUUCUACGAAUCUCUUCUUUUAGCUUUCAUGCUAGCCGAACAGACAUGGAGAUCAGCAUAUGAUUUGACAGAAUUGAAUGACAGUGACACAAAGUUCUUUAAGUUUUAUUCUAAGAAAGCAGCUGAAUUUGGUAAAGUUCCUUCCAUUCGGGAAGACUUGAUAUUGAAUUUUGUUGACAUAAGAUCAAUGACAUCACUUAUGAUACCCAAAAGCUUUGAUGAAAAUUUAGUUUAUCUUGUGUCCUGCAAGUACGCAGACUCAUUCAUCAAAUCAACACGUAAUUUCAAUGAAAAUAGACGAAUAUUUGACAUAAUUAGAAUAACUAAGAUGUUUCAGGGAUAUCCAGUUAGAAAAGGUUUUCCAUUCCAAGACGAAUUUAAGACACUUGUUAGAACUUGGUCUGAAUCUGGAAUCAAUAAGUUUUGGCAGAAACAAAGCCUUGAAAGAUCAAUGAAAUAUAAUAAACAUAAGAGCAACAAUAAAGACGAAUAUUUUGACAUGCAAUUUCCAUUGAUUCUUCUAUUUACAGGAUGUACUGUAGCAUUUUUAGCGUUUAUUUACGAAAACAUUACCAGUAGAUGUAACUCUAUUUCCAUGAAAAGAGGAAGAAAAGGUGAAGAUAGGCUGAACAUUCAAAAACCCAGAAAGGUGAAGCUGACGAAAUGGAUGAACAAAUUCAUCUAUAAGGACACAUUUGAUUCGACACAAUUUAAUCAUAUUAAUCACAAGAGAGAAGCCAUGAAAUGCCGAGAAUUAAUAUCUGGUGGAUAUUUUGUUAUCAGAAAGAUAAGAAAGAGAAAACAAUAUCGGCAAAUUAUUCAAGUUCGUCCUCAUUUAAAAACUAAUCGAUGUAAUUGA